UGGAAAUUGACUCAGACAUCAAACAUCGCCGUCCCUGCAUUACAACUGGCUGGAAGCGUCGCCCAUCCCAGCAGCAUAAUUCAGUCUAGCCAAAAUAUUUAUAUAGAGGCGGACCGGGAUCACUUACAACACAGUCAUUCACCUAAGCAAAGGCUGCUGUCGGCAUAAGCAACCCACCAAGGCAGACGAACUCUAACUUUUGUUUCUAACUCUUUAACGGGCUUUUUUUUUUGAAGUACCAAACCGUCGCUGCGUUUAACUUUGUUUCGGCUUUGAUAUUGUUCUGACACUGUUCGUCUGUAUACUACAUUACCAUAAUGAGCCUCUUAAUUCCUGUUCAUGUUGUGAUCCUUGUUGUCCUGUGUGAAGUGUUUGGAAGACAUCCUGCAAACGCCGGGAUGUGCUGGCUGCAGCAGAGCCAGGAGCCGCGCUGCGACAUGGUGCUGAUGCGGGGCGUCAGUCACGAGGAGUGCUGCGCUGGCGGUCGCCUUGACACCGCCUGGUCCAACACCAGCCUGCCAAUCAACGAGGUCAGUCUGCUGGGCUUCCUGGGGAUCGUCUCGUGCAAACCCUGCAAAGAGACCUGCGAGGGGGUGGACUGCGGCCCCGGGAAGGUGUGCCGGAUGAAGGGCGGCCGGCCGCAGUGCGUCUGCUCGCCGGACUGCUCCAGGAUCGCCCGCAAGCAGGCCGUCUGCGGCAGCGACGGCAAGACGUACCGGGACGAGUGCGCCCUCCUGCUGGCCCGCUGCAAGGGCCACCCCGACCUGGAGGUCAUGUACCAGGGAGAGUGCAAAAAGUCUUGCUCCAACGUGGUGUGCCCGGGCACGCACACCUGCGUGACGGACCAGACGAACAGCGCCCACUGCGUCAUGUGCCGCACCGCCCCCUGCCCGAUGCCCGUGGCCUCCGAGCAGCCCAUCUGUGGCAACGACAACAUCACCUACCCCAGCGCCUGCCACCUGCGCCGGGCCACCUGCUUCCUGGGGCGCUCUAUAGGGGCUCGCCAUUACGGCCACUGCUCAAACGGACCCAGACACCCCACGGAAGAAGGCGGCAGCGAGGAGAACGCCCUCUAGAGGCCCCGUCGCACUCGCCCGAAAGACGGGCCCAGAAGAUGGGGCGCGAUGAGGGGCGAGGAGGAGGAGGAGGAGGAGGAGGAGGAGGAGGAGGAGGAGGAGAUGGAGGGGACAGGCACAAAAUAAGCUUACCUCUGCUUACGACCCUCCACAGAACUCCUACAAGUACUCGUAUUUGAGAUUUAGCUUUUUUUUUUUUUACCGUUUCAUUUUUUUUUGUUGUUGUUGUUGUUGUGGGUCAUUGCCUCUCUCCCACCUCUUAUAUGGAGAAAACUGUAUGAUACACAUGAUGUGGAGUGCUCUGUUAUGAGCUUCUCUAAGAGCACAUUUUUUUUUUAACCUUUUAAAUAACUCAUUUAAGCUUUGCUUUUUCGGUCGUAAAAAAAGUAAAUUACCGCUAUUCUGUAGUUGCAUGCUGUUUGUAUUUUUAUGGGGUGUCUUUGCUUUCCGUUCUGCCUGCGAUGUAAAUUUGGGGAGAAGGGGAAAGCAAGUGAAAUAAAAGACAAGGUCUAAAGAGGGGAGGGACACAUGCAAAUUGUGCAUAUUGUAAAUAGAGGAUCACUGAUAUUUAUUGGAGAAACAGUAAAUCUGUUCUAUUUAAGUUUUAUCAUGUAUACAGAGAUAUCAGCGGAUAUUUAUUGUGUCUUUGUUUUGAUUUUAGGUGUACGAUACUGGUCCCAGACUUGCAUUUAUAAUUUGGGAUUCAUUAAAUUUUUUUAAUGUUUUUUAAAAAAAAAAUUUUUUUAAACCCUUAUGGACCUAGUGACUUUCAAAGUUACCUUGCAACUUAUUCCAGCUGAUACGUUGCUCAACAACAAUUCAAAUUGUUUUGGACAUUUGGAGCUAUUUAUCGGGCGAGUGGAGAUAUAGCAGAGAUUCUGUUAAGCUGAAACCAUGGCAGAAAUAUUACGCCUUCUGCAUUUCUGUCUUGUUGUGUGGAGGUAGCGGAGAAUCCAGCCAAAACAAAAAGUCUAUGUGCUUUUCAGCCUCCAAGGAGAUCUUUGAAUGUUUAGGCUGGCAUUAAAUCAAAACUCUGACCCACCCACCAACUGAAAAUUAUAGGCCUCUCUCCAAGAGCAGCUCUAUUAUUUUUCAGUUGGUUCUGACAUGCUAGUGUACUGUACAUCCAUUUUUCAAAGCUUUACUUUUGUAAUUUCCCUCCAACAAGUGGGCGGACAAAAUAUUUAAUGUUACGUGGUCUUGAUUUACCGCUAAAUUAAUGUAUGUUAUUGACACUCACGCUUUUUAUAUCGUCAGAAGUUUUACUGUGUUGGCCAAAAGGUGUGACUUUGAAAAUGUCUCGGAUAUUCACUUUUUUUCGCUCACACAGGACCUAAUUUCAAAAGAUUGCUGCUCAAAAUAUCUUUUUUAAUGAUUUUUCAUAAUGAUGGUGCGGAUCCUUAAGAAAAAUGACCUGUCAGUUUGUUGUUUGCUUGGUGACCUGCAGUCAGCUGUUACAUCGUGUGAAUAGGGAUGGAUUGAAGUGCCUUUAACAAUUUAUCUUUUGAUAAUUUUUACCUGAAUAUAUAAAUUGUGAUUAAUCCAAACAUAUUUUUGUCAAACAAACCGUAUAUAUUUCAGUAUUUGCUUGUACAUAAAGCUGCAUUUACAAUACCAUUGUAUCUACUGUGAGAUUUAAUUUACAAAUGUAUCGACUUAUUUUUGUAUUUUUGUACUGCCAUUUUAUCUCAAUAUAAACAUUAGUCUUUA